AUGGCGGCGAGCGGCGCUGGCGCCCACGGCGAUUCGGACGACGAGCACAUGCCACCAAAUUGGUCCAACGACUCGGUAGAGUCGUCUCCGUUCGCAUCCAAUCCUCAUGCGAUCGCCAAAGAUGCCCCCCCAACGGACAACGGGGUGACUUCUCAGCCUCUGCCGCUCCAGAAGCGUCGCCGGGUCGGUCGCGCCUGCGAUGAGUGUCGAAGGAAAAAGAUCAAGUGUGACGGCAAACAACCCUGCACACACUGUACAGUAUAUAGCUAUGAAUGUUCGUACGACCAACCCUCCAAUCGCCGUCGCAACCCUGCCCCGCAGUACGUCGAAGCCCUGGAAGCUCGCAUGCAAAAAGCCGAGGCGCUUCUUCGAACAGUCCUCCCGGAUGUCAAUCUCGACGACCCCAAUCUGGAUGUGAAUGCGCCCGAAUUCAGUUCGCCGAUCCACCAGAGGGGCAAGAAGCAAGCGCCCGCGGCAGUGGGAGAUGCGUCCCAGCCUCAGGGAGGUACCGCCGACAAUGCCCCUGAGGCGGGCGAUGACUCCCUCCUGGAGACCAUGGUGGGAAAUACCGGUUGUCUCGAUCGCGACGAUCAGGGGCAUUGGGACUAUCAUGGACAGACCUCAGGGAUUAUCUUCGUCCGCCGACUACGCAAGCAGCUGGGUGCCUUGGAGGCACCCGUGCCUCGCAAGGUGAGCGCUAUGCUGGAAAGCCCCAGAUCUGUAUCGGUAUCCGACUCUCCGCAAGAUGCCGCUCUCCCUCCCACUCAUGAUCUCCCUCCGAAGCCAAUCGCCAUUCGGCUUUGUCGCAAUGCGCUGGAUGAUGGAUGUGCUCUCAUGCGCUUUGUCAUUGAGCACAGGUUUUUCGCAAGCCUUGAUCGCAUCUACGAUACCCCUCCGGAACAAUUUGGUAACGAGGAAAACUCAUUUCUGCCAUUGCUGUACAUUGUCAUGGCAGUCGGGUGCCUUUUUUCGGAUGAUGGUGCAGGCACCCUGGAUUUGGCCGGCUAUGAAGGCGCCAUUGGGCAAGGGUUCCAAUUUUUCAAAGCAGGCCGUCAAUUGCUUGACAUCACAGACUGCCGAGACCUUACUGCGCUACAGGCUAUCUGCUUCAUGGUCUUGUUCCUCCAAUCCUCGGCGAAGCUCAGUACGUGUUACUCAUAUAUUGGUAUUGCGCUGCGGUCGGCCCUUCGCCUUGGUCUGCACCGUACGGUUGCAGCCGAUUUCAACCCGAUGGAGCGUGAGCUACGAAAGCGCAUCUUUUGGGUGAUUCGGAAGAUGGAUGUCUACGUCAGCACUAUGUUGGGUCUUCCGAUGAUGCUUAACGAUGACGAUAUCGAUCAGGAGUACCCUCUUGAUGUGGAUGGAGAAUUCAUCACCCCGGAAGGUAUUUUGCAGAUGCCAUCCGACUACACCCCUCUCAUGGCUGGGUGCAAUGCGCACACACGCCUUUGUAAUGUGGUUCUAAAGGUUGUCAAAUACAUCUACCCGGUCAAGAAUGUGGGUUGCAAGUCGAAAUCCGACCAGCGCUAUAUGGUCAGCCAUUCCAAGAUCCGAGAGAUCGAACGCGAUCUCCAGAACUGGAUGGAAGAACUCCCCCGGCACUGCGACCGGGCACGGAGGUUUCACCUCAACUCGAACGGUAACGUCCGUCAAAUGCUGCGCAUCGGUUAUGCACAUGUCCAGAUGGUCAUGUACCGUCCAUUCCUCCAUUACGUCUCUGGAGGCUCGCAAGCUCGCGGUGUCGACAAGCGUUCUUAUGCUUGCGCGGCAGCUUGUGUCAGCGUUUCCCGAAACAUUGUGCAUAUUACGACUGGCAUGCAUAAACGAGGGCUCCUCAACGGUUCCUUCUGGUUCACCAUGUACACAACCUACUUUGCGAUCCUUUCCCUUGUCUUCUUCGUGAUCGAGAACCCCGAUUCGCCGACUGCCAAGGAUGGUGUGUUGAAAGAUGCGAUGGAGGGGAAGAACACGCUCGCUGGAUUGGCCAAGAAGAGUAUGGCCGCGGACCGGUGCUCUCAAAGCCUGACGUGUCUCUUCAAAACUCUACCCGAAAGAUUGAAGAACCGCCAGCCAUCAAAGACAAAUUUGAAACGGCGCGUGCCCUCGACCUUCACUUCGGAGCCCGAGCCGAUGCAACAAGUGCCAGCACAGGCUUUACCUCUUCGAUCGAACACAUUUCCACUUCACGUGAUGACUCCAGCACCCGCAGGGGGCUCUACGCUUAAUCGUCGACAGAAGAGUUUGGAUAACACCCAGUCACAGUCAUACCCCAACAACAAUAACAACAACACGGAGAACGGCAGCCAGUCUGCGUGGCUCGCAUCAACCCCCGAGCUCUUGACCGAGACAAUGUCUACUCCAGAGCCCACACCGGCAAACUCAUACGGUGCUCCCUUCUCAAAUAAUCCGGAACCAUCGAACCUGGCGUGGGCGCAGCAGUUCAAUAACCCCAGCAAUCUUCCUGAUCUCAUGCCCAUGAUGUUUCCCUCCGAUGAUCCUUUUGCCUAUCCCACUCAGCCCAUGUCCACGCUUGAGGCAGAUCACUUCCAACAUGAGCCUGAUAGCACUCAGACGGCUCAGUCGACCCAGCCGGCCUUCGAUACGGCCCCCCGCCAACACGGAAUUGGUUCCAAUACCCAGAUCGAUCCUUCGGGGACUGGGAUCACGACACCUACCUUUGAUACCUUCCCCCAAUAUCCCAAUUUCCCCGUGACCUCAUCACAUUCGAUUAAGACCUCGAUACCUGGCCAUCUGCAGCAAACUCCAACUCAGCCAAUGAAGCCUGUGAGACUUCAAUCCCCAGUCUCUCAGAGUCAGACCCCUCGGGAGCACUUGAGCAGCCCCGAUCUGGUCUCCAUUCCUAACCAAAAUUUCGUUUGGCAAGGAUAUAACUUCCAGCCGCUGAACUCAGAGACUCUUGAGAAAGAACCGACUCUGGGUCCGAUGCCGCAGGACUCUGCACCCACAAACGGAAUCGGCAACUUAAGCAUGGGAUACGAUGAGAGCCCCAUGGGCUUGAACGUGGACAUGAACGUCUCUUUUGACGAUCUUUUCGGCAACAACACCAGUCGGCCCGGCGCCGGCAGAACUAAUGAUGAAUGGUCUCAAUGGAUGAGUACCGGAGCAUGA